AAUAAAAUAAAUGUGGACAAUUCAGUUGCCAUUACACCAAGCGGACAUUUAAUAUUAUCAUUAUUAACAGAAGAUUUUCAAACACUUGGCUUAGAAGGCACAGUUUCCUUCUUUGAUCGUAAAGUACAUACACGUUAUGGUAAGUUUUAAGAAGGAAAAUACUAAAGAAACUCAAAAUGCCAAAAAAGCAACAAGUGCCUAUGCUAGUGGAUCUAGCAUUAUACUCCGUUGGGGAAUUUGUGACUACUUUUGGUAGAUACAUGACAAAACUUAUUUGCAUGACAUCCAAAACUAAUCCAGAAUGCGGAUAUACUAAUUUGCAUUCGAUGUUAGAAUUUAUGAAACAUUUAUUGAACUGCAGUAUACCUCGACACUUAUAUGAUAAAAUGUCCAUUGCAGUGUUGACUGCUAUUGUCAAUUUAGUUAAAGAAACUAGAGGUACAUAUAAUGAUUUUGCAUUAACUACAGCCUUUCUAUCAGAAAUGACAAUUGUUCUCCGAUUAACAGAAGUAGCUGUAGGUGCACAUUUAAAAGCAAUUGAAUUUUCUGCUUGGCCUAAAAUUAUGCGACAUGUACUUUAUAAUAAGUUGUAUGAUAUGGUCGGGCUUGAAAUUCUGGAUUUAGGUUCAGGCUCAGCUGGUUGGAGAACAUCAGACAUUGAAAAAAUUAUUGCCAAUGGAGUAUCUGCUAUGCCAAAUUUAGUAUGUUUUAUUUUAUGCUUUGACUGUACAGAUAAUAUUAUAUUGGCCUUAGCUCAAAACUGUAAAAAACUGCAAAAGUUAGAUGUAACUGCAUCUAGAUCUGUAACAGAGCGCAGCAUUAGUCCCUUGCUUUCGUGUAAACAUUUAAAACACAUUAAGCUAUGUAGAACCUCUAUGACUAUACCUGGUUAUGCGAAUCUCUUUUUAGAACAUUCAAAAAUAGAAGAUAUUGGCAGAUGCGAUGAAUUUGGAUAUGUUUUAGAACAUAUUCAUCGAAAAGACUUUAAAAGUUCCUUAUGUGUAAGAACAUUUGAGAGUCGAAAUUUUAGUAUGGAACAUUUGUAUCUUUUAGUUGAUAUAUGUCCAUAUAUUACAAGUCUUUGUUUACUACGCGAUGAAAGAAUUGGUGAUUUAACAAUUCUAGCUACUCUUGAUUAUUUAAAAGAAUUAAAGCUCUUAUCUUGUGAUUUUUAUGCCCAUGGAAUAAAGAAACUGUUGGAAAUAAAAGGUUGUGCAAUUAUAAGUUUGCACUUGGAGCAUGUAGAAGAAAUCGAUUUGAAUGCACUUAUAUUGAUAAGUCAGUACUGCCCAGAUAUAAGAGACCUAGUUUUUUACAAUUGUGAAUUCUUAGAACAUGUAGCAGUUCAUCCAAGAAAAUUUACAAUUCCACCAUUCCAAUUUUUAGAAAGAAUCAAGUGUGUAGCAGAAUGUGCAAACAUGCAUCUAGAAUUUUUACUUUCUCAUUGUAUAAAUAUUAAAUUCAUACAACUGGGUUCAUCCACUGGUAUUGGAGACGAAACAAUGGGAAGAAUAUUUUUGCAAAACUCAAUGCGCAAAUUAGAAGAGCUCAAAAUAUUAUAUAGCCAUGAUUUAUCAAUGAAAACUGUACAAUUAUUAAUGCAAAAUUGUGAUAACUUACGACGUCUAUCUGAAUUAGAAAGUUGGCAAGGAAUAUCAUCUGCAGAAUUAAAUAGUUUCAGAGAAGAGUUAAAAAACACUAAUACAAAUUUGGAUACAAGUCCAAGUUUAUCUUUUGCAUAAGUGAAAUAAUGAAAAUGAAUAAAUAAUUAUAAAUAGUUUAAGAAGAUAUAUUUUUUACAAUAUAGUGAAAAAUAACAAUACAAUGAUUGUAUAUGCAUAUUCAUAAACUAAUUGAUUAAUUAAACGAGAAACAGUUGAAUGAAAAAAAGAAUUUGUAUUUUUUCUUAGUGUAUAUUAGAGAAUAGUUUUGUCAGAAAAUGUAUUUAAU